AUGGACAACAGACGUUUGGAACCUUUGGAAGCACUCGAGAAAGAUUAUUACUUGGAUGAGCGCAAUGGUUGGUAUAGUGAUGGUGAACAAAGAGAUAGUGAAAGUUCUGAUGAUGAAUUACGCGAACAGUUACAGAAACUAACUGGCAUGCAGUGCGAAUCUAGAAAAAGAAAACAACACGAAAAAGUGAAUGAAAGGGAUAAAUUUGAGUUAGAUAUGGACGUUGAACUGAGUGAAAAUUUUGUUGCACAUACAUCGAGAAUAUUCUCUUCACUGGAAAAAGGAAAUGCAGAGAAUUUAGAAAUUGGCAACGAGAAUGAAAUGGAUGCAGAAAGUAGUGGCAGCAAAACUGUGCAUAAUGAAGCCAAGGCAAAGAGCAAUGAUUAUUCCAAUGUUAUCUCAUCAACAAGUAACAAGAAUUCAUCAGAUAAAUCCGUGAAAUCGGUAACUUUCGAAAACCAAUUGAACAAAUCUGAAUAUAGUUCAAGAUGUUCCUUCAGUGAUGAUAGCAAUUUGUUACAUAAAGCAUUAAACAAGGUUGCAAAGGCAGCAAAAAAUGAAGCAGUUGAAUUCUAUGAUUCGGAUGAAGAUGAAGACAAUGAACGCUGGGUACGGCAUCAUCGAGAACAACUGAAAAUUGUGAAAUCCUUGAGUAAUUCUUCCAAAGAAGAUAAGAGGACGAAGCAAAAAAGGAAUCAAGAUCAUGAAACGGAUGCAGUACUCUCAUGUCCUGCAUGUAUGUCACUGUUAACAAGGGAUUGUCAAAGGCAUGACUUCUAUCUUAAUCAGUAUAGGGCUGUCUUUGUGGAAAAUUGUAAUGUGGUGAAAAAUGAAGUAUUAUUUUUGCCUCUAUCAGGAAAAAAUAAGCGGAAAGCUCGAAAAAAUGCUGCAGGAGUUAAACCAAAUGCUAUCGUUGAUCCUGCCAAUACUGCAAUGCUUCCGAAAGAAGAUUUAUUUCAUCCAGUCCUUUGUAGCGUUUGCGCCACAAAUGUUGGAGUAUGUAAUUAUGAGGAAGUUUUCCACUUUUUCAAUGUCCUUGCUGGUUAUGCUUGA